UUCGAAUUUGGAAUGGACUCAAAGAUUGAGUCACAAUCCAAUUCUUUUUUCUCUUUCACCAAGUAUAAAUAUACACAGAUAUGAUAUAACUCAUCUCCAUCUUCUUCUCCUGCCUUUUCUCUUUCACGGUCUGUUUUUCGUUCUUGUUUUGAAAAUGACUGCAGCAGACACGGCUCGGACUGUGAUUGGUAUUAUUGGGAAUGUCAUCUCCUUCGCACUAUUCGCCUCUCCGUCUCCAACAUUUUGGAGAAUAUGGAAGAAGAGAUCGGUGGAGGAGUUCAGUCCAGAUCCGUACCUAGCCACAGUGAUGAACUGCAUGUUUUGGAUCUUCUAUGGACUACCAGUAGUCCAUCCAAACAGUACUCUGGUGGUGACCAUCAACAGCAUUGGGCUUGCAGUCGAGUUGAUUUACCUCACCAUCUAUUUCGUAUUUGCUCCCAACAAAGGCCGGUUGAAGGUAAUAGGUGUGCUUUGCCUGGAAUUGGCUUUCAUGGCUGCUGUCGUUGUGGUGACACUGACAAAACUCCACACCCAUGCCUCAAGGUCUAAUUUGGUUGGGAUUUUCUGUGUUGUCUUCGGAGUUCUCAUGUAUGCUUCACCCCUCACCGUCAUGAAAAAGGUGAUCACAACAAGGAGUGUGGAAUACAUGCCAUUUUAUCUUUCACUAACCAACUUCCUUAACGGACUCAUUUGGCUCACUUACGCCCUCAUCCAGUUUGAUCUCUACAUCACGAUAGGGAAUGGUCUGGGAGCAGUGUCAGGGGCAAUACAGCUGAUCCUAUAUGCCUGCUACUACAAGUCUACUCCAAAGGACAAAGAGGGCAAAGAGAAGGGGAAGUCUUCUGAAGUGGAGCUGGCUAGCCCUAAGAGACUAAAUAAACCAACACCACAAGCUACUGCUGCUUGAUCUCACCCUCUUCUUUGGGCUGUGUGCUUUUAGAUUUUUCUUUCUGUUAGUAUAGUUUUAGGUUUAUUAUUUUUAAUGGGAGUAGUACCAGAUACAGACCAAUUAGUUUGACACAGUUGCCUCUCAUGUUUAGAUUGAUGUCGAGAAAUAAGGCCAUUCAGUCAUAUGCAGAUGCAACUUCAUAAUAUCAAGGAUUUGGUUUUCUUUUAAA